GCUAGUAUUUUAUAUAAUUUUUCGGUUUCAAUUUGUAUUUGGUAUACUGGGUAACAUAGUCUUUCGAGAUCACGGUCGUGGUGAUGUAAGAGAUUGGUUAUCUAGUUUCAGAGUUCAGAUUUUCGGUACCAGCUUUCAACCAGUUUCGUCGGAGCAUUGUUAUUUAACUCGUUCUCUUGAAUUUGAUAGUAAUGACUUCACUGUCCUUGGGGAAAGUUAUAAAACAACAUAACUUCCGGUUCCCUUAAUGCCUGGUAUUUUCAUCACCUUUGAGUAUAAUGAAGUACUUCAACAAGCGUUCUUCCUACUGGGCACUUGAUCCACAGAAAAUAUGCGAUAUUGGCGAUGUAGUUGUAAUUGACAGACUGAAAGAGCGGCCCUCUCUUCAGAUUACUCAUCAAAUCCAAAGCCUGCUGUUCAAAAAUGGUGCUGUAGUGGAUCCUAUCACUGGAAAAAAUUGUGCUGGGACUAAGUUUGUUGACAUGGAAAUCAGGGAAAAACUACUUAAUAAACCUUCCUGAUACACCAUACUUAAUUAUCUUAAAAUAUAACAUCUAUUGAACAUUGGUUUAGACAUUUGAAAUAUGACUGUUUUUUUUAUAGGAAUUUAUUGAAUAAAUUUUGUUUUCUUUUU